AUGAAGGUGAAAAGCAUAGGAGCACGCUGGAUGGUCUCCUUAGCUACCAUUUGCCUGAUGGCCAUCCCUGGCAGCCAGGCCUGUCCUCGCCGCUGCACCUGUUAUGUGCCUACAGAGGUACACUGCACAUUCCGGUACCUGACCUCCAUCCCAGAUAGCAUCCAGUCCAAUGUGGAACGCAUUAAUUUAGGGUACAAUAGCUUGGUCAGAUUGACAGAAACAGACUUUUCUGGGCUGAACAAAUUGGAGUUACUAAUGUUGCACAGCAACGGCAUUCACACUAUUCCUGAUAAGACCUUCUCAGAUCUACAGGCCUUGCAGGUCUUAAAAAUGAGCUAUAACAAAGUUCGAAAACUUCAGAAGGAGACUUUUUAUGGCCUAAGGAGUUUGACACGGUUGCAUAUGGACCACAACAAUAUUGAGUUUAUAAACCCAGAAGUUUUUUAUGGACUCACCCUUCUCCGAAUGGUCCAUUUAGAAGGAAAUCAACUGACGAAACUCCAUCCAGAUACAUUUGUCUCUUUGCGCUACCUCCAGAUAUUUAAAACAUCUUUCAUUAAGUAUUUGUACUUGUCUGAUAACUUCCUGACCUACCUCCCCCAAGAGAUGGUCUCCUACAUGCCCAGGCUGGAAAGCCUUUAUCUUCAUGGAAAUCCAUGGACCUGUGAUUGCCACUUAAAAUGGUUGUCUGAUUGGAUUCAGGAAAAGCCAGAUGUAAUAAAAUGCAAAAGAGACAGAAGUCCCUCCACUCCACAGCAAUGUCCACUUUGCAUGAACCCCAGGGCCUCCAAAGGCAAGUCCUUCACCAUGGUCCCAGCUGCAGCUUUCCUAUGUGUCAAACCAACUAUUGACCCAUCCCUGAAACUUAAGAACCUGAGCAUUCUGGAAGAAGGUGGUUCUGCUGCCAUCUCUCCCCAAGAUUUCAUGGCUCCGUUUGGCUCCCUUACCAUGAAUAUGACGGACCAGUCUGGAAAUGAAGCUAAUGUGGUCUGCAGUAUCCAGCAACCUUCAAGGACAUCAUCCACUGAAUUCACUGAAGAAAAUGACUACAUCAUGUUAAACAUGUCAUUUUCUACAUUUCUGGUCUGUAACAUAGACUACAGCUACAUUCAGUCAGUGUGGCAAGUUCUAGCUUUGUAUAGUGACUCUCCUCUGAUACUAGAAAGGAGACAUUUGAUCACUGAGACACCACAGCUUUGCUACAAAUAUGAGCAGGUGACUUCUAUGCCUGAAAGCAUUUUCACCAAUAUAGAAGCUAAUCUCAGAACAGAUCCUUCUUGGUUAAUGCAACAUCAAAUUUCCUUGCAACUAAACAGAUCUGCUACCACCUUCAGUACAUUGCAUAUCCACUUCUUGAGUGAUGCCCACAUCACUCUACCAAAGGCAGAGAUGAGGCCAGUGAAAUACAAAUGGACCAUGAUUUCAAGAGAUAACAAUACUAAGCUGGAACACACUGUUGUGGUUGGUGGGACCAUUGAAUUGGAUUGUCCAGGUCAAGGAGACCCCACCCCACAUCUGGAGUGGCUUCUAGCUGAUGGGAGUAAAGUCAGAGCCCCAUACGUUAGUGAAGAUGGGCGAAUCCUAAUAGACAAAAAUGGAAAACUGGAACUUCAAAUGGCUGAUAGUUUUGACACAGGCAUAUACCACUGCAUAAGCACCAACUAUGAUGAUGCAGAUAUUCUUACCUACAGGAUAAGUGUGAUAGAGCCCUCUGUAGAGGCCCUUCAUGAAAAUGGGGUUCAUCACACAGCUUUCACUGGUGAAACACUUGACCUUGACUGUUAUUCUACUGGUAUCCCAGAUGCCUCGGUUAGCUGGGUUCUUCCCGGAAACUCUGUGCUCUAUAUGUCUUCAAAAGACAAGCAAAUUCUUAACAAUGGCACAUUAAGAAUAUUACAUGUCACCCCAAAAGACCAAGGUCACUACCAUUGUGUAGCAGCCAAUCCAGCAGGGGUUGAUCUUUUGAUUUUCCAAGUUUCAGUCAAAAUAAAAGGACAAAGGCCCACAGAGCAUGAUGGAGAAACAGAUGGUUCUGGACUUGAUGAACCCAAUGUCACUGUGUACCCUCAGGAGUCACCACCAGCUCUACAACUGCCUACAUUGGCUACCAUGAAAGUUGAGGCUGAAAAACAAGAAUUGAGCACAAGUAAGAAACACAAUUAUCGGGAGUUAAUACACCGGCGACGUGGAGAUUCAGCAAAUUGGCAUUUUAGGGAACAUAGGAGGCAGUUUCUUCCCUCUGCGCAGAGAAUUGACCCACAACACUGGGCAGUGCUUUUGGAGAAAGCUAAAAAGAAUGCUGCCCCAGAGAAACCAGAAAACACCACAAUACAGCCAGCUCCAGUAUCCACCCAGCUCCUGAAACAACCUGGCCCGGAAGAAGAAAGUUCAGGUAUGCUUCCUCCAGAUGAGGAAUACAUGGUUCUGGCAAGUAAAGUUCCUUAUGUUCCAUCAAGGACAGUUGCUGCUGAUUCCAAAACUAUAUCUGAUAGCCCUGUGAUAGAUAUAACAACUUCCAGCACCGAAGUCUCCCCAGUUGUGAGUCCACAAACACUAGCACCUGAAAAACCUAUAAAUUUCAAUCGAUAUCCUCCUGACAAACCUACAGUCAGGUCAGUGAAUAGAAAUCCAACCACAUCAACCAAAAUGCCAGAUAAAAAUAACCAAAAGUCACCCACUAUCCUUCCUCUACUAUCUGGAGCAACUGAACUUCAGGACACAGAGCAGAUAGGGAAAAGAAGAGACCAUUUCCAAAGUGUAUCCUCAACACCAGUGGGGACUAUGAUCAGUUCUGUCAAUAGCAAAAUACUUAGCAGUGCUAAUAACAAAGCUGAUCUACUCUUAGUGUCGGUAAAUACCACAAAUAAUCAUCAGACAUCUGGAAGAGUAGUCAGUGAACACAGGAGAAAUUAUUCCUUUCACACUUCAAAAAAACUUCACACUUCUACACUUCCUACAGAUCCAUACACUGCUGCCAAUUCUCAGUUACAGAUUCCUAGAAAUACUACAACUAGGAUUGCCCUCUCCAGACACUUUGGGAGACGGAGGAAAUUCUGGGGUAGAGGGCGAAUUAUCAGCCCAUAUAGAACUCCUAUUCUUGGACGGCAAAGAUAUGGCUUUGUGAGACCCAGAUUCAGAGGUUAUUCUGAAGACAUCACUACAGCAUUUUCAGCUACAGAGAUCAGUGGGAUAUGCCCAUCUUGUUCUUCCAGAGAGAAGCUCACCCCUGCUACAGCAUGGUCUUUUCCAACUUCUUCUCCAGUCACCCUCUCUCCAGCUGAUAUUGCCACAACCACAUCAGAAGAGUCUACAACAUUACUUCAGAAUCCAUCAUUGCUGUUUGACAACAAACCAAUCGCUAUUGAAAAAACAACACCCAUAACAAUAUAUUUUAGUGCUGAAAGUAUCCAAGGAAUUCCAUCUGGUACAGUUAGGAUGUAUGCCCCAACAUCCACAUAUAUGGAAAAAACUGAUUUAAUGAAUGCUGGUUACCCAAAUGAGCCUCCCACCCAUGAAACUAGAAGAGAUUCAUUGUUUAUAUCAUCACUUUCAGACCCCAUCACCAAGCCAUCUAUACCUAGCACUAUAACCAUUACAAGUUUUUCAAGAAGGAAAACUCCAUGGCAUCACAUUUUUGUAAAUAACUAUAUCAAAAAAGAGAGGUUAAAGAAUCAGCAUAAAUAUGGUUCACAAAAAAGUACAGUCACAGGUCUUACAAAAAUACCUCCUGCUUUACCCACAGAUAAAGUUUCCCCUUUCCAUUUAACAACACUCUCAGCAAGUGUGAUGCAAAUUCCAUCUGUAACAUUGUCUACAACUCACCAUGGUUCCACUGAAAUGCAAAGUCCUAGAAGUCUCCCAAAGAUGAAGGGGCAGCCCUUCCCACCCCUUUAUUCUACAGUUGAUAGUGUCACAAGCAAACAAUCACAUACCACACACUUUAUAUCAAUGCAAACAGCCACACUGGCAACUCCUCCUACUGCGUCUGCAUCUGCCAUUAUCAGUAAAAUCCAAACAGCCAGACCUGGGGCACAAAAAGAACAAAGACAAAAGGAGCCCCAAAAGAACAGAAAUGACCCAAACGUCUCUCUAGGACAAAGUUCUGGCUUUGCUACCCUCACUGCUAUGGUACCUCCUGUUCUAACCACAACUGAAGCUUCAAUCAAGUCCAGAGUCUCUGCUUUUACCCAUUCUGCCCUAGAAAAUCCAGAAGGAAUCUUAAACACAAUUGGUUUCCAGUCAAGAACUCUUCCUCUGACAGAUGUAAUUGAGGAACUACCCCAAGAGAGUAGUCAGGCUUUGAAGAGCUUAGCUGCUUCUGAAACAAUUUUGUCUGGCAAACACCACCAGAGUAUUGCAACCAGGAAGACAAUCAUUAACCACUCAACUGUGCCACCAUUCCUGAGCAGUCGUGCCACUCCAGUGCCAAGUCCUACCCGUCUCUUUACUCAUAAUGUGGUUACUGACAAUGUGGCAAAUCCCAUUUUCAGGAUGAUGGCAAAUACAAUGGUCAAACCAUCCGAGUCCUCACGGAAUGAUGCUAAUUCAUACCAUUUAGCAGCACAGGCUGCACCGUCUGCCAAGGUUCACCCAAAUGCCAAGUCUACAAUUGGACUAAUCUACGCUAAUGAGGUACAUUCUACUUCUAUGCCAACACUAAUUACAGUUAAGCCACAGAGUUCUAAAUUGACUUCCUCUCCCUGGUCAGAAAACCAUUUUUGGAACAAGUCAUACCCAGAGAUUGCUGAAAAAGGCAAAAAGCCAGUAGUAAACAUCUUGCCCCUUCUAGGCUUGCCAGAGGACACUAUCCAUGCAUCAAAUUGGGAUGGACAGAAGACUACAGAGAAAAGUGCCUUUGAGAAGACACCAGUUAAAAAAAUAACCACUUCUGCAUUCCUUCCCUUUGACUCGUCGUCUAGAAAUACGUUUGAAAAACCCAGAAUUGUUGGAGGCAAAGCUGCAAGUUUUACCGUUCCUGCUAACUCAGAUGCCUUUCUUCCCUGUGAGGCCAUUGGCAACCCCCUGCCUACCAUCCACUGGACCAGAGUCUCAUCAGGACUUGAUUUGUCUAAAAGGAAUCAGAAUAGCAGGUUCCAGGUGCUCCCCAAUGGUACACUGUCCAUUCACAGGGUGGACAUUCAGGACCGUGGACAGUACCUUUGUUCAGCAUCCAAUCCUUUUGGCACUGACCGCCUUCAUGUUACCUUGUCUGUGGUUUCCUAUCCCCCCAGGAUCCUGGAGAGACAUACCAAAGAGAUCACAGUUCAUUCUGGAAGCACUCUGGAAUUAAAGUGCAGAGCCGAAGGUAGGCCAAGCCCUCUGAUUUCCUGGAUUCUGGCAAACAAGACUGUUGUCCCAGAAUCAUCUGAAAGGCACAGGCAGGCCUUAGUGAAAUCUGAUGGAACGCUGGUGAUUUAUAACCUCAGUGUGUAUGACCGCGGCUUUUACAAAUGCACAGCCAGCAACCCAGCUGGCCAGGAUUCACUGCUGGUUAAAAUACAAGUCAUUGCAGCUCCACCUGUUAUUCGGGAACAAAAGAAGCAAAUCCUCAUAGGGACUUUGGGUGAAAGUUUGAGACUACCCUGUACUGCAGAAGGCACUCCUCAGCCCAGAAUUCAUUGGGUCCUCCCUGAUGGUACAGAAGUGAAACCAUUAAAGUUGAUCAAUUCCAAGUUGUUCUUAUUUUCAAAUGGAACUCUGUAUAUUAGAAAUGUAGCCUCUCCUGACAGGGGCACUUAUGAGUGUAUUGCUACCAGCUCCACUGGCUCAGAGAGAAGGGUGGUAAUUCUGACAGUGGAAGCUCAAGACACCAUUCCCAGAAUAGAAAUUGCAUCCCAGAAAUGGACCGAGGUGAAUUUUGGGGACAAGUUACUACUGAACUGCUCAGCGACUGGAGAACCCAAACCCAAAAUAAUCUGGAGGUUACCAUCCAAGGCUGUUGUAGACCAGUGGCAUAGAAUGGGCAGCCGAAUCCAUGUGUACCCCAAUGGGUCCCUGUUUAUUGAGUCAGUAACAGAAAAAGAUGGCGGCGACUACGUGUGUGUGGCCAGAAACAAAAUGGGAGAUGACCUGAUACUGAUGCACGUCAGCCCACGCCUAAAACCUGCCAAAAUUGACCACAAGCAGCAUUUUAAAAAACAAGUGCUUCACGGGAAAGAUUUCCAAGUUGAUUGCAAGGCUUCUGGCUCCCCAGUGCCUGAGAUCUCGUGGAGUUUACCCGAUGGAACAAUGAUUAACAACGCAAUGCAAGCAGACGAUAGUGGCCGCAGGACCCAGAGGUACAUUCUUUUCAACAAUGGAACUUUGUACUUCAACAAAGUUGGAGUAGCGGAGGAAGGAGAUUAUACUUGCUAUGCCCAGAACACCGUAGGGAAGGAUGAGAUGAAGGUCCACCUGACAGUGGUGACAGCUGCCCCACGGAUAAGGCAGGGUGAUAAGACUAACCGGAGAGUUAAGGCUGGAGACACAGCCAUCCUUGACUGUGAAGUCACUGCGGAACCCAAGCCAAAAAUAUUUUGGUUGCUGCCUUCCAAUGACAUGAUUUCAUUCUCUGACAAUAGGUAUACAUUUCACGCCAAUGGGUCUUUGUCCAUCAACAAAGCAACGCUGCUUGAUUCUGGGGAGUAUGUGUGUGUAGCCAGAAAUCCCAGUGGCGAUGACACCAAAAUGUACAAAUUAGAUGUUGUCUCCAAACCUCCAUUAAUCAAUGGUCUGUCUACAAACAAAACUGUCAUUAGAGCCACGGCUGUGAGGCAUUCUAAGAAGCACUUUGAUUGCAGAGCCGAAGGGACACCAACUCCUCAGAUCAUGUGGAUCAUGCCAGACAGUAUUUUCCUCCCAGCCCCAUACUAUGGGAGCAGAAUCACUGUCCAUAAAAAUGGGACCCUGGAGAUUAGGAAUGUGAGGCUCUCAGAUUCAGCUGAUUUCAUAUGUGUGGCUCGGAAUGAAGGAGGAGAGAGUGUGUUGGUGGUGCAGUUAGAAGUACUGGAAAUGCUGAGAAGACCAACAUUCAGAAAUCCAUUUAAUGAAAAAAUAGUUGCUCAGCUGGGCAAGUCCACAGCGUUGAAUUGUUCUGUUGAUGGAAACCCAGUACCAGAAAUAAUCUGGAUUUUACCAAAUGGCACAAGCUUCUCCAGUGAAGCACAAGAUCCUCAGUAUCAGAUCGCAAGCAACGGUUCUUUGAUCAUUCCUAAGACCACCCGAGAAGAUGCAGGAAAGUAUCGUUGUGCAGCUAAGAAUAAAGUUGGCUACAUUGAGAAAUUAAUUGUACUGGAAAUUGGUCAGAAGCCAGUCAUUCUUACUUACGCUCUAGGAAUAGUUAAAGGUAUCAGUGGAGAAUCUCUGUCACUGCAUUGCGUGUCUGAUGGAAGCCCUAAACCAAGUAUCAAAUGGACUUUACCAAGUGGUAAUGUAAUAGAUAGGCCUCAAACAAAUGGAAAAUACAUAUUGCAUGAAAACGGCACCUUAGUCAUCAAAGAAGCAACUGCUCAUAACAGAGGCAACUAUAUUUGUAAGGCUCAAAAUAGUGUUGGCCAUGCACUGAUUACCGUGCCAGUAAUGAUUGUAGCCUACCCUCCCCGAAUUACAAAUCGCCCGCCUAGGAGCAUCCUCACAAGGACAGGUGCGGCUGUGCAGCUCCAGUGUGUGGCCUUGGGAGUCCCCAAGCCAGAAGUCACAUGGGAGAUGCCUGGCCACUCCCGGCUCUCAAGGGUGAGGAAAGGGAGGACACCUGAGGUGCUUCAUCCACAGGGUACCCUCGUCAUUCAGAACCCUCAAACCUCGCACUCGGGGCUCUACAAAUGCAUAGCUAAGAAUCCACUUGGGAGUGAUUAUGCAGCAACUUAUAUUCAAGUAAUCUGAUGUGAAAUUAAGUUAAAACAAAGCAAAACAAAAACAGCUGUGUGAACAAAGCCAACAUCUGGAGAGGGCUUAUUUUUUGGAAGAAUUUAAUCAAAGGCAGCCAUAGGCGUGUAAAUGAAUUUGAAUACAUUUACAAUAUUAAAUUUACAAUGGACAUGCAAAAAAAGACUUGUAAAUAAAUGCAUUAUGAAC